AAAUUUCCUCCCCGCAGUCACAGUGUCGCGGUUCGCUCGAGGCGGGAGUCGCGUCGCGCUGCCCGCUAAAAACUUUCCACCUUACGUACGCUUAAAAACUUUCGACUGUGAAUGACUCGUGUUUAUAUAGAACCUGUUUUGAUAAUGAAAGAUGCAUCACGCAUUCGCGCAUUUAAAAGAGACUGCAAACUGAUAAAAUCAACACAAAUUCAAUGACCGCUGGUUGAAAAAUAAAGAAUACAGAGUAGCAUAAAAAAAUUUUUGAGAUAAAAUUCAGCAAACGGUUGACUGACUGACAAUCACAGAAAAGUGAGGAUUCUGCAGCGGCAGUCGCGUAGGCGGCGCCGCGUGGUGCUGUUGUGGCUCGCUGGCGCCACUUGUGGCUUUUGGCGGGCCUGGGUGCUGCGGGAGCUCAGAAGAGCCCCCUAGGCUGGGCCAUGGGAAGCUCACAGAGACUGGCCGCCGUAGCAGCCGUCUCACAUGCGAAGCACUACUAUAACCAUACACAAAUACAUUCACAGCAAGCGGAAUCUUCACAAUUCACUCUUAAUGUAUUUUUUGUAAGUGCAACACUAUGCGGGGUGCUGGUGGCUGUGUGUGCGGCCUGCUGGAAACGAUCGCCGUCUUCAGACAAACCCGAAGACGUGGUCGAGUGUCACGGGAUAUAUACAGUCAGUGGCGAUACUAGGCUGAGUCAGGUUCAAAUUGAUGUACCAGGACCUCCACCGGCAUAUGAGACUCUGGCAGAAGGACAAUCGCAUCACAAGGACUGCGCUCAUAUCUUGCAGGAGACGGUUACAGAGCCGUGUCCGCGUUGCCAAUCGAACCACGGGGACGCCGAGCUCCCGUCAUACGAAGCAGCGUUAAUGCUCCGCGACACCAAAAUAUAAGGCCUUAUGUUCUAUUAACUAGAGUUUAGUUUUGAUGUUAUAGUAUUGUUUUAGCACUGUCUGUGUUUCUCUAAGUGGAAAUUUCUUUAAAAUGUAUCGCUGUUUGAAAAUGGCGCGGGUCGAAAAGUAGAAGCAUUAGACAUUACUUAAGUUCGCAAGUACUAAAUGCACCUGCAAAGCAGAAAUCUUAAUAAUUAUAUAAUUUAAGU